AUGGCUCGGGAGCUGAGCCAGGAGGCCGUGCUGGACUUCUUGUGGGGGGCCGGCGGCCGAGCCCCCAACGCGGCGCUGCUCCGCCACUUCCAGGCUUUCCUCCGCGACCCGGCGCUGACGGACGAGCAGCGGGGGGAGCGCCGGGAGCGCUUCAAGCGCCUCGUCAACUCCGUGGCCACCGUGCACGCCACCGCCCCCGGCGCCUCCAAGGACAUCGUCCUCCGCCGCAGGUACCGCGACCUCCUCGACGAGGAGCUGCCGCCGCCGCAGGAGCACCGGCCGGAGGAAGACGAGGAAGAGGAGGAGGAGGAGGAGGAGAAGCAACCCCCGCCGCCCCCAUGCGAGCCCGGCCCGUCGGGGAAGGCGGCGGAGAAGGGGCUGCGGGCCGAGGGGCAGCGCCCCCCGGCAGCCGUGGUGGGGGGCUGCGCCUCCCGGGGCCGCGGGGGGCUGUGCUGCGAGUGCCGCCGGGCGCUCCGCGAUGCCGCCGCCCGGCCGCCCCCCUACCGGAGCCGGCCGCUGGCUUUGGGGCCGGGGGCGCCGCUCUUCGUGUCCCCGCCGCCCUACCGGCCCCCGCAGCCGGUCCCCGCCCCGGCCCUUCCCGGGGGGCUGCCGCCCUCUGGGGCAGCCCCCGCGGGGUCCCUGCCGCCACCGGACCCCAGGGGGCCGCCCCCGGCUCGGUCCCUGCCGCUGCCCCCGGGCCCCAGGAUGCCACCCCCCAGCAGGCCACCCCAACCCUGGACCCCGCAGCCACCCCGCCGGGAGCCACCCCUGUCACAGGCCCCGCUGUGUCGGUCAGCUCCGGGGACGCUGCCCCUGUCCCAGUCCCAGUCCCUGCAGACGCUCACUGCUGAGCACUCCCCGUCCCAGACCCCACUGCUUUCAUCGUGCCCGGAUGCGUUACCCUCCGCCCGGCUGCCCCCGUCCCAGUCCAGGUCCCUGCAGCACCUCCCCACCAGCCCAUCCCCAUCCCCACCGCGGCCAGAGGGGCCCAAGGCGCUGGCCCCCGAUGGACCAGCACGGUCCCGAGCCCCGCUGCUGCACACCCCCGGACUGCCCUCACCCCUCACCCCGCCACCGCCAGCCAGCCCCACCGUGCUGCCCCCCUGCUCCCAAUCCCCCCCAGUGACCCCCACAGGGCCACCCCCAUCCCAGGCCCUGCUGCCGGCCCCAGGACCGCAAGCCCCGGAGAGCAGCCCCGCAGCCCCGCUGCCUGUCUUCAGGAGCAUCAGGUGCCAGCUUGCGUUGCUGGAGGUGCAGGGCGUCCCCCCAUCAUCGCUGGACGACAGGGGGGGGCUGCCCCGCACCCUGCCCUCCAAGAGCUCCCCCGUGCAUGCCCCGAACCGGGGGCUGGCGGUGCCACUGGGGCGGCGGGAGCACGCCUGGCUCGUGGCGGUGUCGGCGGGGCGCUGGGCCCAGGUGCGGGGGCUUUUCCUGGAGGAGCCGGAGCUGGCCCUGCAGCGGGACUUCGUGUCGGGCUUCACGGUGCUGCACUGGCUGGCCAAGCACGGUGACGGGCCGGGCCUGCAGGAGCUGGCGGAAGCGGCGCGCCGGGCCGGGCUGUCCCUGGACGUGGACGUGCGGUCGGGCUGCGGGUACACUCCGCUGCACCUGGCCGCCAUACACGGCCACCAGCUCGUCAUCAAGGUGCUGGUGCUGCAGCUGGGGUGCCAGGUGCAGGUGAGGGAUGGCAGCGGGCGCCGGCCCUGGGAGUAUCUGGGCAGCAACACCUCUGGCGAGAUCUGGCAGCUCCUGCAGGCGCCCCGGGGCACGAUUAUGUUCCCCACGCAGCCCCUGGCCCGCAGCGUGUCCUCCGUCAGCAAGGCCUCGCUGCCCGCUGGCAGGGCGACGCUGGCCGCCUGCCUCAAGCCGCAGCGCAGCCGCGGGGCAGCGUCCCACCGAACGGGCAGCGAGAGUGACUGA